AUGUCGAUGCUUGCCCCCGCCUCUCGCUCUCGAUGUGCUCUUGCACAUUCGCCUGCGAUUUGCCCUCCGCGCUUGCAUCAUGUCACAACGGCUGUCACUUGCCGCGCCUCUUGCAAAUGCUCCGAAUCACCCUUCGACGCCCUCCCCGCCCCCCGCGCCUCCGCGCCUUCCUCGUCGAGGCGCAAUGCGACUUUCUGCCUCCCCGCAUUGCUUGUGAGUAGCGUGGCAGAUGCAUGGCGGCCAGGAGCCAAGCGUGGCGGCAGAUGCAUGGCGGCCAGGAGCCAAGCCCAGACAUCGGCGGAAUCCAGGACUCGUCGAUCGAGGCAGCAGCAGCAGCAAAAGAACGCGGGCGCCGGGUGCAUGCAGGUCGAUGUUGAUGUGCCGGUGUCUAUCUGCAAUGACGUGGCAUUGGUUUGUGAGGACCGUGAGCCAGCAGUCCGCAUGGUGCUGCGCAAGCUGUUUUUGAGACGUCUCCCCCCUCUCCCCUCCCCCGUUUACCCUCCGCGCCUCUCAUCCCCUCGGUGUGCUGCCGGUGUGUUAGGAUUGCAAGCUUGCGCAGGACAUGGACGAAUUGCUGUGCCUGCGGGUGAGCCAUGGGAUAAGGAUGAUAGUGGGUUUGAGACGGGUAAGCGAUGGGGGCUUGGGGAGGAGGAAAGAGGGGAUUAG